AUGGCGAUGCAUUUUUCUUUCCUAAGUUUGGCCACGGAUGGCAUCGGUCUUCGAAAAUAUAAAACUUUAAUUGUGCAUAUUUCAUUAAUGUUGAGCAUCAUAACAAUGUGCGUUUCGCUCGCCUUAAUUAUUGUGGCCAGUUUCCUUUCAAGAGAUGAGGGCACCACGUACGUAGACUUAAACAUAAAUGAAGGAGACGACACUCGGACCAAGACUUACGUGUACAUACAAAAGGAUACACCCUCCUUAGCGUUGCAGCUAGAGGGGAAGAAAAGCUCUGUCUCUGUUGAAGCUUCCAUGCGGGAAAAUGGAGGCGAAGAAAGCGCAGAGGGUGCAAUGAAGGAAGCGAGGAAAGGUAAUAACUCGAGUGGUCAGACGAUGGAAGAUGGGGAAAAAGUGUUCGUCUUUGAUGGAGACCCUCAACCACUACCAAAAGGAAACUCCAAAGGAGACGAAUUAAAUCCCACUGAGAAGCAAAAUAAAGUCAUACGGAUAGUAAUGAAUUGA